UCUCUUGUUGGGACGAGAGCAGCUCCAUUUCAGAGCCCCCUCCUUGAAUCUUGGAAGCCCUGGUGAAGUUUCAUGUGCUGGUAGCUCAGUUUCCUCUCCAUCGUUUGACUGUCUGCAGGCUUUGGACGGGCUCAGAGUCACCGUCAUCCCCCUCACCUGUCAGGAUGUUCAUGCAUUUGGAGGUUUUCUAUUACAUUUUUAUUCUCCUGGCUCACAUGAGGUCGUACUGCUGCUGGUCAGUGAAUAAUUUCUUGAUGACUGGACCCAAGGCAUACCUGAUCUACUCCAGCAGUGUGGCAGCAGGAGCUCAGAGUGGCAUAGAGGAGUGCAAAUACCAGUUUGCAUGGGAUCGUUGGAACUGCCCCGAGAGAGCUCUUCAGCUGUCUACACACAGCAGCCUGCGCAGCGCAAAUCGGGAGACGGCAUUCGUUCAUGCCAUCAGCUCGGCUGGAGUCAUGUACACUUUAACCAGGAAUUGCAGCCUUGGAGACUUUGACAAUUGCGGCUGUGACGACAGCAGGAACGGACAGAGAGGUGGUCAUGGUUGGCUUUGGGGCGGCUGCAGUGAUAAUGUGGGCUUUGGCGAGGCCAUCUCCAAACAGUUUGUGGAUGCCUUGGAGACCGGGCAGGAUGCACGGGCGGCCAUGAAUCUGCAUAAUAACGAGGCUGGACGCAAGGCUGUGAAGGGGACCAUGCAGAGGACUUGUAAGUGCCACGGUGUGUCAGGAAGCUGCACCACUCAGACCUGCUGGCUGCAGCUGCCAGAGUUCAGGGAGGUGGGGAACUACCUGAAGGAGAAGUACCACCGGGCUCUGAAGGUGGAUCUCCUCCGAGGAGCUGGGAACAGCGCAGCCAGUCGGGGGGCCAUCGCUGAGACCUUCAGCUCCAUCUCUCGGAAGGAGCUGGUCCACCUUGAAGACUCCCCCGACUACUGCCUGGAAAACCGCACUCUGGGCUUGCCGGGCACAGAGGGCCGUGAGUGUCUGAAGAAGGGCAAGAGCUUGAGCAAAUGGGAAAAGCGGAGCUGCAAGAGGCUAUGUGGAGAGUGUGGGCUGGCUGUGGAGGAGCGCAAAGCUGAGAUGGUGUCGAGCUGUAAUUGUAAAUUCCACUGGUGCUGCACGGUGAAGUGCGAGCAGUGCAGGAAGACAGUGACCAAGUACUUUUGUGUAAAGAAGGGCGGUCAGAGGGGAAGAAAUGAGAGUGCUGGUAGCCGCCGGAAGAACCUCAGACUGAGGAAGAAGCACUGAGCGUCUUCAUCACUUCUCCCUGCUGUCAUCAUUUUUGUACCACUGCAGCUCCUGUGAACACUCAAACUCUCUGUGCAUGUUCAGAUAGCGUGUGCUUUGGAGAAAAAAACAAAAAAACAAUUUAAGACCAACUUCAUUGUCAGUUUUGUAUUAAAAGCUAAAGAUGGUGUGAUGCGCACAGAGUAACGUGAUAGAGGAGAUAAGAAGGGGAGGUUUUACAACUUUGUAGAAUUUUUGGUACAAAUGUAU